GGCGCGCGGGCCAUGGGGGGCAGCCUGCGGGUGGCCGUGCUGGGCGCCCCGGGCGUGGGCAAGACGGCCAUCAUCCGCCAGUUCCUGUUUGGUGACUAUCCCGAACGCCACCGGCCCACGGACGGGCCACGCCUCUACCGGCCCGCGGUGCUGCUCGACGGCGCCGUCUACGACCUGAGCAUCCGCGACGGCGACGGCGCUCGUCCGGGUCAGAACCCCGGGGGUCCAGAGUGCCUGUAUAUUUGCCUGCCUCCGCUGGUGGUUCUGGAUCAGUGCACGACAGAGCAUGGUUGUGUCUCCCUGAGGGAGUGGCCGGACCCCAAGGACUGGAGCUUGCAGGACACGGACGCCUUCGUGCUCGUCUAUGACAUCUGCAGCCCCGACAGUUUCGACUACGUGAAGGCGCUACGGCAGCGCAUCUCGGAGACCAGGCCGGCGGGCGCACCCGAGGCUCCCAUCCUCGUGGUAGGCAACAAGCGGGACCGGCAGCGGCUGCGCUUCGGACCUCGGCGCGCGCUGGCCGCCCUGGUGCGCAGGGGCUGGCGCUGCGGCUACCUCGAGUGCUCCGCCAAGUACAAUUGGCACGUGCUGCGUCUUUUCCGCGAGCUGCUGCGUUGCGCUUUGGUGCGCGCGCGCCCUGCGCACCCAGCCCUGCGCCUGCAGGGGGCGCUGCACCCCGCGCGCUGCAGCCUCAUGUGACUGAACUGGACGACGACGCUGAUGGUGGGGGGAGGGUGGUUUGAUUGGCGCAACCGGGUACCUGGAUUGGACGAAAUUGCCCAACUUCUCUCGGAUUGGACAGGACAAAGUCUCCUCCCUGAUUGGAUGAGGAAACCUCCGAGUCAGUCUCCUGGGCGACAGGACACUCUGAGCCUCAUUGGACCUAGCCAGGCCCCAAGCUACAUUGGGCUCGAGCAGUCCUUUCUGGGACCUCAUUGGGUUACAAUCCCAUUGGACUUCGCUAUUAAUCUGAUUGGAAGCUCUCAGGUUGCCCCUGCGGCUUCACUGGACAAACUCUUAAGUCACACCUCUUGGGAGGUAAUAAAGGGGAAAACAAUG